AUGGCGCAAGGCACUGAAAAAUACAUCAUCGGAGGCAAUCGGGGAUUUUUGAAUCCAGGCCCCGACGAGCUUGCCAAACUUGAGAAAGUCGAGUCUUCAAUGAGCUCUAAUACCAAGAAAGAGAAAUUCAGACGCCAUUGCAGACGAUUUUGGUGCAUAUAUCUCAUCGCCAAUGUUAUUUUCCUAGCAAUAUUUCUGCCAGUUUUCUUUUUAGUUGUUAUUCCUGCUGUCGCCCAGCUUGUUGUGAACAAGUCAGACUUAUGGAUUGUCAACGCGGAAGUCAUGAGCCCGACUCCAACAACGGUGGAGAUGACCCUGGCAGCAAAGGUGAACCUGAAACUUGCGCUUGGUGUCAGGCUGGACCCCGUGAUAUUUUAUACUUUCGUACGCUCGUAUGGCCACGAGGACGCCUGGGGAGCAAUCAACAUACCCGGGCAAACGAUCAAAGGAAAUUAUACAUUGGGUGUCGAUAAUCAGCAUACCCCCUUGCUCAACCUGACUACAUGGGAGGCUUUCGUCAAUCAGACUGUGUUCCAAAAGGAAACAGCGCUAUCGCUCUAUGGAGUUACUGAUGGGUAUCUUGGAGUCCUGAAAUCUCACAUUGUACUAAACAAGGACGUGGUCAUACCCAGUGGGUUUUCUCUCAACAGAUUCGAGGGGUUUUUUAUAGCAGACAGCACACUCAUGCUGCCAGCCGAGGACGAUGGGACCAAUUUGAUUGCUAAUCUCACGCUUCCAAAUCCCACUGCCCUCAGUUUCCAGGUGGGUACCAUUACUCUGGAUCUCAAAAGCGGCGACACAGAUCUUGUUAUUGGUAAUGCGACCGUCAAAGACGUUAUACUUCGGCCUGGAAAUAACACAUUCCCUCUUCGAGGGGUGCUAAAUCUCAGGAAUAUCCUUUCAAAUCUCGGGGAAGUUCUCGCCUCACAAAGCUCCGCUAUCAGAACCGGCGAUCUAUCCCUGACAGCGGUCACCAGAACCAUCGUGUCGAAUGGCACCUUGAUUCCUUAUUAUACCAAGGUCUUGGGCUCGUUGCCCUUGGUAGCAAACGUGGGAAUUGGCGAUGUUCUCAAAAACACACUCAAGCACCUGAGCACAGAUGCUGGUCUCAAUCUCACCGGCGCCAUAUCCGGUCUGAUUGACAAUGACAAACGCAGGAUACGCCCUGCACUUCUGGAUAGCCCAAUUAAAAAAGGCGGUGGAUUAUUUGAUCAUCGGGCUUUCAAGGAAAUCGCCAGUCUGAAAAACAACAAACAUGUCCAAAGAAUCUUUGAAUAUGAAGAUCCCAACAAGCGAGAUGCCAUGAUAGAUUCUUUAGCUCGAUAUUACGCUUCCCUGUGA